ACGUUUCCUUCGGCGCACGCGCGCUGAUGACGUUAUCCCCUAGCAACAAACAAAUGUUUCGUGACAACCGGCUCGUUAAACAGGGGUCCCUGAGGGAGACCACAUAGGACAGACAGACCUACAGUCUCAUCAGUUUGAGGAUCAGAUCAGAUCAUCAGCACAACAACAACCCUCUUCCUGCCCUCCUCCUCCUCCUCCUGGUCCUGAUGGAUGAGACGGUGAAGCCUCUGAGGAUCCCUCCUCAGAUAUCUGUCUACGCUGACAAACACAACAUCCUCCACCUGGUGCAGAGCAUGUUGUCCAGUCUGGUGAUUGAUCAGCCUGAAGAUCCAAUCACUUACCUGAUCAGUCUGCUGCAGAGGAGCACCUUCGACAGUCCCAGGGUGGUGCUGCUUGGUCCGCCUGCUGUUGGGAAACACACAGUGGCCAAGAAGCUGAGCUCCGAGCUGAGAGCUGUCCAUGUGACUUUACAGAGUUUACUGAGCGACCAAUCAGAGCUGAGCACUCAGACCCAGAACACAGAGCAGGAGCUUCCUGCUGAGCUGCUGGUCCGACUGAUCCAACAGAGACUGAACCAGAUCGACUGCUUCAAUAGGGGCUGGGUGUUGGAGGGGAUCCCUCAGUCUCGUCUGCAGGCUCUGAGUCUCCAGCAGGCCGGAGUGAUUCCUGAACAUGUUGUGAUGCUGGAGGCUCCUGAUGAUGUGUUGUUGGAGAGGACUCGGGGGAAGCUGGUGGACCCUCUGACCGGAGAUGUGUACCAUCAGAACUUCAUCUGGCCGGACGACGAUGCUGUCGCUGAGCGCCUGGAGACGGAUCAGAGCCGGAUAGAGAGGCAGAGAUUGGCCGAUCUGCAGCACUACCGCCGAGAGGUCACAGGUCUGAGCUCAGCCUAUCAGCACGUCCUGAAGGUCAUCAACAGUGACCAACCACACACUGACGUCUACCAGCAAGUGCUGUCCUUCAUCCGGACUCGUAGUUACUGUAGAACUCCCAGAAUCCUCCUGUUGGGACCACCGGGAUCGGGGAAGAGUCAUCAAGCUAGACUUCUGUCAGAGAAAUACAAGAUGGUGGAUGUAUGUUGUGGUCAGCUGCUGAGGUCUGUAGCAGCUGAUGGGUCGGACCUGGGACAAGAGAUCCAACCAUACCUGGACGAUGGGAGGCCAGUUCCAGACUCGCUGGUACUGAAGGUUCUGGAUGAACGUCUGAGCAGAGUGGACUGUAGCUGCAGAGGCUGGAUCCUCCACGGCUUCCCCCGAGACCUGCAGCAGGCCAAGAGCCUGCAGCAGACCCAGAUCCAGCCCAACAGAGUGUUCCUGUUGGAGCUGACUGACGAUGUGUGUGUGGAGAGGAUCAGUCUGAGAGCUACAGACCCGGUCAGUGGACAGAGGUUCCACCUUGUUACCCGACCGGCUCCAAGCUCUGAGGUCCAGAACAGACUGAAGACCAGACCUGAGGACAGCGCACACACUCUGACACACACACUAAGUCAAUACAGGACACACACUGCAGCUCUGCAGUCAGUGUAUCCAGCUGGAGUUCAUAUUGAUGCUGAUCAGGAUCCUCGCUCUGUGUUUGAGACUCUGGAGAGCCUACUUACAGCACACUGAGAGGAGGACUCACCUGGACUCACCUGGACUCACCUGGACUCACCUGGACUCUUGGGGGGACAGGAAGUUGUCCUUCUGAAAACUUGUCCUCCGUCAUAUUGUCAAAAUGUUGUAAAAAUCUAAAAACUUGGUGUUUCCAGUCGUCUCUUUGUUAGAGAGUCCUCUUCUGAUCAUCAUCUUUCCCCUGUAACACUGAUCAUCACAUCAGUUAUUGAUCAGGAUGGACAGUUUAAAGACUGAAGUACAUAAAAUAAAAAAUACUCAAGUAUGAGUGACUCAAAUGUA